GCUCGCCUGCUGUAGAUCAGCUCGCACGCUCUCUUUUCUUGCUCCGGCCCUUCCUCAACUCCAAGGACCGGUUCCUUUUCCAUCCCUCAUCCCGACUAGCCUCCACGCUAUCAACAUGGCCGGUGCUCGCAAGCAGACAUCGUCCGGCUUCGGCCACGCCUACACGGCCAUGGUGGCCCUCGCACUGCUGCUCGCCUCGAGCUCGCUGCAGGGCGCCAGUGCGCUGCCGAUGAACAUCGCCGACGCUGCGGCAGCCUACGCCGCCGCCAUUCCCGAUGCCGGCUCGUGGUACGACUCGCAGAUGGCGGCGGCCUCGAGUGUCGCCGCGCCGGCGCUCGCCGCCGUGGUGCCCACGCCCAGUGCACUGAGCCCGGCGGCCGUGUACAGCGCCGCCAUCCCCGAUCCCGGCACGUGGUACCUGGCGCAGAUGGCGUCUGCCAGCUCGGCCCCUGCCGCCGUCGCGACGGCCGGCGCUGCGCAGCUGCUCGACCCCGUGGCGCUGCCGGCCAUCCAGGCGCUGCAGGGCGCGCUGGCGGCCAACCUGGCGCCGCUGCCCAGUGCGGCCGCCUCGGGUCCCGCAGUUGUCUGGGACACGGCCGCCGGCGUCGACGAGCAGCGCAAGCUCUUUGCCCUCGCGCGCCGCCACGCCGCCAGCGUGCAGUCGGUGCACAUGCAGCGCGGCUAUGCCAAGUGGAACCGUCGCCAGGACGCAGCGGCCAGCACGGAUGCCUCGACGGCACAGCAGCCGGCUGCUGCCACAGACUCGAGCGCUGCAGCACCCGCAGACUCGACAGCGCAGCAGCAGCCCGCCGACAGCUCGACGCAGCAGCCUGCCGCUGCCACGGACUCGAGCGCAGCAACACCCGCCGAUGGCUCGACAACGCAGCAGCCCGCCGAUGGCUCGACAACGCAGCAGCCCGCCGACGGCUCGACGCAGCAGCAGCCCGCCGACGGCUCGACGCAGCAGCAGCCCGCCUCGACGGAGGCACAGCCCGCAGCUGCCGACUCAUCGUCUGCCGCCGCGGCCGAUGGCUCGGCAGCCACGCCGGCCACCACUACUGACUCCACGGCCGCCGCCCCGGCUGAUGGAUCAACUGCAGCACCGGCUGAUGGCUCGAGCACUUCUUCUCCUGCCUCGACGGACAGCACGGCUGCCCCGGCCGAUGGCUCCUCCUCGAGCACGCCUGCCGCGUCCGAUGGCUCGAACUCUGAAGCUGCGGCGCCUGCGCCGGCGGCUGAUGAGACCACUCCGGCGGCCGAUGCCACGAGCACCACUCCAGCAGCUGCCGAGGCCACGCCUGCCGCCCCUGCGGCCGAGGCGCCGGUAUCCGAUGCGACAAGCACCACGCCGGCCGCCGAGCCCACGCCCGCUGCUCCCGCAGCCGAGGCACCCGCGUCCGAUGCCACGAGCACGAGCACCACGCCGGCAGCUGAGCCGACCCCCGCUGCUCCCGCUGCUGAGGCGCCGCCGGCCGCCGACACGACCUCGUCCGCCUCGAGCUCUGCCGCUGUCGUCGAGACGAGCACGGCCACGGAGGCCAAUGUCACCACGUCGUCUUCGUCCAGCAGCGCCGCUUCCGCCACGCAGACGGCCAGCGAUGCUGUCGUUUCGUCGUCGUCCACGCCUGCCUCGCCUGCGCCCACGCCCGCGCCGCAGAACAACGUCGUCGUGCCGGACAAUGACGGCGCGCGCUGGGAGACGAUUGUCGUGAUGGUGCCGGACAACAAUGACGACGACGACGACGUCGUCCGCGCCUCAGUCUCCUCCUCGGCUCCCGCAUCCGGCGCCACGACGGCGCCCAUCGUCGACACGUCCAGCCUCGCAUCCAUGGUAAAGCCCGCAAGCACCCUCGCCGAGUCGACGACGCGCAUCGCCGCGGCGGCCACUGGCUUUGCUGCGGUCGGCGAGCCGCCGCUGCUGGCUGGCGCCUCGACAGACAGCGACACCGACGGCGACGAGGACUGCGAGGACGACGAGGACGAUGACGACGUGCCCGCUGCCACGACGGCCAAGCAGAACGCCGCCGCCUCGACCUCGACCCGCGCUUCCUCCACCUCGACUCGGGCCACGAGCACCGCAGCCAGCAGCACCUCGACGAGCAAGCCCUCGAGCUCUCCUACGCCGACGACGACGCCUGCCGCGCCCUCGUCCAUCGGCGCAUGGAUCGACGCUUUCCUGUCCAAGAUCGGCAUGAGCAGCUCCUUCAAGGACCUCUUCGCGCGCGACUUUGUCGACGACGACGAGCCGCAGCUGCUGCGCCGCACCGACGGGCUCGUCUGGGCGCGCGAGAUCUGAGCGCCGCCGCCCUCGUGUCACACAUGCCCGCUCCUCGCCUUGACGGCGCAGUCCGUAGCAAUGCAUCUAUCCCUAAUCUACCCUGCUCGGCGUCACUGCCACCACUUUGAGUAGGCUUCGCGCGCCGCCGCGUCGCCCUGGAAGCGAAACUUGACGACGGCCGGCGGCUCUGCAAAGCC